AUUUGAAAAAAAAACUCCGAAACAAUGGAUCUAGGUUUUUUGCCAAGUUUUGCACAUCAAUAUUCAAAUAUUCUUACAAAUUAUUCAAAUGAAUCACCAUCAUCAUCAUCAUCAUCAUAUCCAACAUCUAACAUUAAUUUAAAUGAUCAAAUUCCUUCGAAUAAUAAUCAAGAAGAAUUACCAUUAACAUAUUAUCCACAUUAUCAUCAUCAUCAUCAUCAUGUUUCAACAAUUAACAAUAAUAAUGAUCAACAUCAUCAUCAUCAUUCAAAUUUAACACCAACAAAUACUGCAUCAUUAUUUCCAAGUGUUUAUAAUGUACAACAUUAUGGUUAUCAUCAUCAUCAUCUUAAUAAACCAUCAUCAUCUUAUUCAUCAUCAUAUCCAACCUUGAAUAUUGAUCAUCAUCAUCCUAAUCAUAAUGAUCCAUAUUCUAUGGAAAUAUCAGCAAAUAAUUUUAUUCCAUCAACAUUAUCAUCAACUUCGACAACCAUUGGUUUUGAACCAACGGAAACGAUAACAAACAAUAAUAAUUUUGAUUCACCAAUAUCAACAACAUCAUCUUCUACUUCUUCAUCAUCAUCAUCAACAACAUUUAGUUAUUGUUAUCUAGAGAAUAAACAACAAACAAUGAAAUGGUCAGCAACAACAACAACAACAGAAUCAUUGAUCAAUGAUGAUGAUGAUGACGAGAAAUGUAAUAGAAAGAAUAAUUCGCAUCAUCAACAUCGACAACAACAAAAAAGAUUGACCGCUUUAGCGAAGCCGACAACAGCAGAAACGAUAAACAAUGAUCAAAAACAAUCAUACAAAGAAAUUGAUUCGGAUUAUUAUUCACAACAAAUAACGGAAGAAAUCGAUGAUGAUGAUGAUAAUAAUAAUAAAAAUCAUUGUUCUUAUGAUUCAAAUUCAUUGAAAAUAUCAUCAAAUAAUGAUGAUCAUGAUGAUGUUGGCGGUGAUACUAUUAUUUGUAAUGAUGAUGGCGGUGUUGUUGUCGGUGGUGAUGGUAUUAUUGUUGAUGAUGAAAAUUAUAUAACAAUAACACGUACAACAUCGAAUGGUGUUGUACAAGUGGUUACAAAACGUCGUUCAGCAAAUAAAAAAGAACGUCGUCGUACACAAUCGAUUAAUAGUGCAUUUUCAAAUCUACGUGAUUGUAUACCGAAUGUACCGUCUGAUACAAAAUUAUCUAAAAUUAAAACAUUACGUUUAGCAACAAGUUAUAUAUCAUAUUUAAUGAAAAUUUUAGAUAGUCCAUAUGAAAAUUGUACAAAAUUAUUAUCAGAAGGUUUUCGUGCCGAUUUAACUAAUGCAAAACGUUCAACACAACAGAAUCGUAUUGAAACACAAAAUGAAAUUCAACGACAAUUACGUCUUCAGCAAUAUAAACAGGCAAUUGUAACGAAAAAACGUACGACAAGAAAUCAUAAUAAUAAUAAUAAUAAUAAGACAAACAUAACUUCAUCAUCAUCAACAUCAUCAUUCAAUAAUGAACUGAAUCGGAAAUCAUUUUCAAAUGAAAAUAUUAAUCACCAUCAUCAUGUGAAUGAUCAUUCUCAUCAUCAUAAUCAUCAUCAUUAUCAUAAUCAUCAUAGUCAACAACCUUUCGAUCUUAGCGUAGAAAAAUCGACCAUUACAACAAUGUCUGGAAAUAUCAAUUCAGAAACAAUGAGAAUGAGUGGAAUAAAUCCAAAUGAAACAUUAUCACCAUUAUCAUCAUCAUCAAUUACGAUAGGAACAACAAUAACAUCACCAACAGAAGAAUUAUCAUUGGAUAAAGAAAUAGCAACAUCUGAAACAUCAUUAUAUAAUCUAACAACAGCAACAACAUCAACAAUUCAAAGUGAUCAUGAUGAUGGAAUGAUGAUGGUAACACGACCACGUUGUCGUACCGGUUGGCCACAACAUGUUUGGGCAUUAGAACUUAAAAAUUAUGAUCAAUGAUGAAUGAACACAACAACAUAGGUCACGUGUUGUUGAAUACAGUUAUUCACAUUUUUUUACCAUGUCAUUGAAAAUUUCCAUAUAUUUCUAUCUUUGUCGUAUCUAUUUUCAUUUUU